UUUCACAUUCGCACUUUCGCGCAAUGGCGACUUUUACGUAUUACUUAGCUCGACAGCGCGUGUUCAGAUGUUUAAUACAGCGAAGAUUUUAUUGUAUGUGUAUCUCUGGGAAGAAGUCAGUAAAUGGAGUGAAUCUCUUCUAUCAGUUCACAGGACAGGGCUCUCACGCUCUACUGCUGAUGCCCGGAGCUUUAGGAAGUGGACCGACUGAUUUUGGCCCUCAGCUUGAGAAACUAAACAAGAGUCGAUUUACGGUGGUGGCAUGGGACCCGAGGGGAUACGGGCGCUCACGUCCUCCUGACAGAGACUUUCCUGCUGAUUUCUUCCACAGAGAUGCCAAAGAUGCAGUGGAUUUAAUGCAAGCUCUGGGUUUUACUCGUUUCUCUCUGUUAGGAUGGAGUGAUGGUGGUAUAACUGCUUUGAUAAUGGCUGCGUUAAAUCAUGGCCUCAUUAAUAAAUUAGUGGUUUGGGGCUCCAACGCCUACGUCUCAGAGGAAGACAUUCAGAUUUAUCAAUCAAUUCGUGACGUGUCAUUAUGGAGUGAACGAAUGAGACGGCCGAUGGAGGAGAUGUACGGUGCUCAGUACUUUCGUGAGACCUGGGAGAAAUGGGUCGAUGCCAUGAGACAGUUUGCAUAUAAUCCACAGGGUAACAUAUGCACAGAGCUGUUGCACUUAAUUCACUGUCCUACACUGAUUGUACAUGGGGCUAAAGAUCCUGUCGUUCCCUAUUUUCACCCACAAUACCUUCUGAAAAACAUCAAAGAUUCAAGGUUGCAUGUCAUACCAGAUGGGAAACAUAAUUUGCACUUGCGUUAUACCAGUGAAUUUAACACACUGGUGGAGGAGUUUCUGAAUGACUGAUUGAGUGGAUAAAUAAAGACUCAAACACUCGGUGAUCUACAGACUGCAACGCCCUACUUGUGAACAUAGCUUUGUAUUGUAUUGCUUUGUAGCUCUAUAGCAGUGCAAAAGGUCAUUGGUUCGAUACAUACAUGGAUUAAAUAUAUAUUUAUAUUGUGAUGCAUGAAGUUGCUUUGGAUAAAAGCAUCUGCCAAAUGCAUAAUGUAUACCGUGUUCAUUGUUGGCUCUUAAGACAAAAUGCUUUCUUAAUCCUUAAUCAGACUUUUCAUUCAUUUUUUAAAACUGUUACCUUCAUCUCUGAGGCAUGAAACUCUGUGACUAUUCCUAAAUAAUCUAUCUAAACAUGCACAAAAUAACUAGGCUUGAUUUUUUUGUUUUAAAGGUGUGUAAAAAAAAUUACCGUUUAAGGUGUUUGGGGUCAAAUUGACCCCAUGUUGAAAAUGAAUGGGAAAAUAAAAACAAUUUCAUUUUGAAUGAAUUGGAAAAUGAAAAAAAAGUAAAUAAAAAAAAAGUAAAUCUAUUAUAAAUCUGAAAAUUUCUACAUAUAAACUAAGGUCUGGUCCUGGAGCAUAAAUAAAAAGUGGAAUUAACUUUCCAUCUCAUACACAGUCACAAAAUACAGAAUUUUUAUGUAUUUCAGAAUGUUUAAAUAUAUAUUCACAAAAUAUAUAUCGUUGUGAGAAGUUGAAGCGUCAACAAAAAAAGUGAAAAUGAAAUGAGUCCCUACCUCUGUUGGAUUUAUGUGUUCAUUGCACUUUCAUUAUAAUUUCUAAAGUUUUUCCACAAAACAGCAGAUGUCAGUAUUCUAUCCCUAACACAUAGAGCAAUGUCCACAAACAAUUUAGAUUUAAUUAAGAUCGACAUUUAAGUGAUUUAUUUAAAGAAAUAUUUUUUUUCAUGAGCCAAUUUAUGGCCUAGUUAAGUAAUUGUGUGUAUAGUUUUCCAUAUAAAAAUGUAUAUUUCCUUAAGCAAUCGCUCUUUAAAAGUUUGGGGUCUAUCAGAUUUAUUCUGCACACUUGUA